GCGGAAUCCCAGAGUGCCCGGCGCGGUUGGGAGGGAGUGAGUCGGGCGGUCGGGAGCGGGUAAUAAAGCGAUGCAGAAAGAUGUAAGAUGGCAGAGCUGCAGAUGUUACUCGAGGAGGAAAUCCCCGCCGGCAAGAGGGCGCUGAUAGAGAGUUAUCAGAACCUGGGUCGUGUGGCUGAUUACUGCGAGACCAACUAUGUCCAGGCCCAAGACAAGAGAAAGGCCCUAGAAGAAACAAAAGCAUAUACAACCCAAUCCCUUGCGAGUGUUGCUUACCAGAUAAAUGCCCUGGCAAACAAUGUCCUCCAAUUGCUGGAUAUUCAGGCCUCUCAGCUACGGAGAAUGGAGUCUUCCAUUAACCAUAUCUCCCAGACUGUGGAUAUCCAUAAAGAAAAAGUGGCUCGUCGUGAGAUAGGUAUUCUCACUACCAACAAGAAUACAUCAAGGACUCAUAAGAUCAUAGCACCAGCCAGUGUUGAACGGCCAGUGAGAUACAUUCGGAAGCCAAUAGACUACACAGUACUGGAUGAUGUCGGUCAUGGUGUGAAGUGGCUUAAAGCCAAGCAUGGAGGUAACCAGCCUGCAAGAACCGGCACACUCACUAGGACGAAUCCGCCUACACAAAAACCACCAAGUCCCCCAAUGUCUGGACGUGGAACAUUAGGACGAAAUACUCCCUACAAAACCUUAGAGCCUGUCAAGCCACCUGUCAUUCCCAAUGAUUACAUGACUAGUCCAGCUCGGAACGUGGCAAACCAGCAAAGUCCUAUUAGAACAGCAUCACUGAACCAAAGGCCGAGAACACACAGUGGCAGCAGUGGAGGAAGUGGAAGCGAAAAUAGUGGGAGCAGCAGCAUAGGCAUUCUAUUGCUGUGCCGACAACCCUCGCCUCCACCCUUUUCACCAUAUUCUAUUCCUGCUGGGGCCCCUCCCCUGCCGCCACCGGCCCCUCCCCUGCCACCAGCACCCCCUCCACUGCCUGUGGGCAGUUUCAUAGCUGGCCCUGGUUCGGCUCCUGGUUCCCAAUACAGUACCAUGACCAGGCAGAUCUCUCGGCAUAAUUCCACAACCUCCACGGCUUCAUCAGGGGGCUUCAGGCGAAAUCCUUCAGUGACAUCUCAGUUUUCUGUGCAGCCUCAUAUUAAUGGUGGCCCUCUUUAUGCUCAAAAUUCAACAUCCCUAGCUCCGCCCCCUCCCCCUAUGCCUCAACUGACUCCACAGAUACCUCUCACAGGCUUCGUGGCCAGGGUGCAAGAAAACAUUGCUGAUAGCCCAACUCCCCCACCACCUCCCCCACCAGAUGAUUUACCAAUGUUUGAUGAAUCCCCACCUCCACCUCCCCCACCCCCUGUGGACUACGAGGAUGAAGAGGCAGCAGUCGUGCAAUACAAUGACCCAUAUGCUGAUUCAGACCCUCAUUGGGCACCAAAGACUUAUAUUGAAAAAGUUGUGGCAAUAUAUGACUACUCAAAGGAUAAAGAAGAUGAGUUGUCCUUCAUGGAGGGUUCAAUCAUUUAUGUGAUAAAGAAGAAUGAUGAUGGCUGGUAUGAAGGGGUCAUCAAUGGAAUUACUGGUUUGUUUCCCGGAAAUUAUGUGGAGCCUAUCAUGCACUAUGCAGAUUGAAGAAAACCUGCAUCUUUCCUUCAUUCAGAGGCCAGCCUAAGCAUAUGGGGGUCUGGGUUAAUUGGGGAGGAUAUAUUGAAGUCUUUAAGGAUGCCAUUACUUUUGAGUUCAGCAUGAAUACUGACAUGAUUAGACUGAAAAUACAACUUCAGACUGGCACUAAGUGAAAAUGUAAGUGCUGGUUAAAUUUCCGUGAGACUUGAGGUCAUUCCUAAAUUACAAACAGUGCUUGUUGAUAGCAUGCAUAAAAGUAAACAAAUUUAUGUAUUGUAGCCAAUUCAUUUUUUUAACCUGAAAUGCUUCCAAUAUGUUGUAAUUUUCAUUUAAUCUGUGAGCACUCAAAUUGUAAUCUCAUGAACUGUCACGAGUCUAUAAACAGUUAUGUGGAUAAAGCUUGGGUGUCUUCUAAACAAAGUACGUUAGUAAUUUGUACUUAACAGGUUAAACGUUUUGUAUGGGUAAAAUUUGCAUAAUGGAAAAAUCAUCUGUAGUCACAAAGUGAACCAAAGUGUAGUCUGGUAUGUUGUUGGUUCAUUGUACAGUAGAAAUUGUCUGGAUCAAUGGGUUGGUAUAGUCCUGAUCAAUUUUAUUGAAUAGUUUACUAACCUCUAGAAUAGUACUCCUGUUAACAAAAUUAUUAGCUCAGUUCUAACUUGGAAACAGGCAAUUCUACUGUACAAUUUUUAAGAACAAUUUCUGACACCUGGUGGCUCAGGCUUGAAUGAUUGUUUUCCUGGUUUAAAGCAAAGCAUCAUUUAUUUCAAGGGUAUUACUAAAUUCCUUGGUAAAUAUUUGAAAUCUUCUGAUCUGAAAGGCUCCGGAUUCCAUAAUCAGUGUUCAGUUGUGUUCCUCUGGUAGUUAGUGUUUGUUCUUUGAAAGUAAUGCUUCAAAUGGUGAAGCUAAUAAGAAACCAAGAAUCUAUUGUGCAUAAUUAUUGUAAUCAAAUAGAUACAGAUCAGAACUGGCAUAUCUUGACCUGUACCUAAAGAGAAUAAGAUGAGUGGUAAUCCAGUGCCAAAUUUUGAGGCAUUCUAAAAUUUCUUGUACCACAUUUUUCUAAUUUUCUAAAGUGCUUGAGUCUGAUUUAAUAAAAAAAAAUGUACAAACAAAAUGACAGCUAAAUUUAUUUGCUUUGAAAGAGCACAGUGUUGGGGCCAUACAUUGUA